UGGCGCCCCAUGGCUGCUGGAGCCGUGAGCUCAGGCCUGCCCUGCCAGGGUGGACAGCGGGACCCCUGGCAUGCCCGCUGCUGCCCCCAGAGGUGCCGUCCUCGGCCCCUGGCUCAUUCCAUCCCUUCAUGAGACUCUCCCAUCAUCCUUGCCAUCUGGCACAAUGAACUCAGCCAUACAGUGAUGCAUUUCAGCCUCUGGCUGAUGCCCUAUCAGUCCCUUCCUUUGCCAGUGACCAGGUCAUUCCAUUUUCUGCCCCCAGGGCAGCUUCAUUUCAGUCCCCGGGUCAUCCCAUCCUCUUUGAUUGGCCGCCCCAUCUCAGCCACCAGGUCAUCCCUCCAUGGGCAGCAGGCCUGUGGUUGUUCCAUCUCAUCCUGGGUAUCUGGCCCACUCUCAACCUGACAAUCACCCAUCAGCUCCCAGGCUUUCCCUCUUACUGCCAGCAGAUGGCUCUAGACCCAGAAGUUGAGCCAUUCCAUUUUUGACCAUUGGGUGACUCCAUUGGCUGUCCCAGUCUUGCUUGAACCAUACAUCAUCUGUUGUGGAAGCCACUCACGAGAAGCCGCAGGCUGCCCCAUCGGUUCAUCCUCAUCUCAGCCAUCCCCGUUGGCUGUCCCAGUCUUGGUCACCGAGCUAUCCCACCACUGGCUGUUGGGACCAUGUAUUCCUGGAGGUUGGGUUGUCAAACCCCAGCUAGCUUCACUCGCCAGAUAUCAUGGGGUGUUCUAGACAUCAGGCAGAAGGAGCCGUCCCCUCUGUAAUAGCUGUCUGAGCUUGUCGAACCGUCAGGCCCACUCUUGGCUGAUGGACGUAGGAUUGGCCCCUGUUUUCCACAGACAGUAUAUCCCCUCUCAUGGGGCAGCUUUAUUCUCAUCUUGGCCUUUGGAAACUUCUGAUUCCCCUCAUCAGAGCCCUUCUAGGUCCUGAGUCCUUUGAGCUGUGACCAGUCUCCCUUGGGGUAUGAAUUCCAUUUUCAGAAGUUGGAACUCCUAGUUAAUGGAGCAGCCUCCCACUUAACAGGCCAACAGCCCUGCCCCUUCCUAGCUGUUGGGCCAUCCUGUUGCCUCAACUGAGGGCCCUCCUGAUUCUCUUCAGAAGACCUGUGGUUCCUGCCAUUGGGAGCACUGAAGGCCACCGUACCGAGAUCUCUUCCGCUAGUUGGCUUGAGUGCACACAAGCCAAUUUCUCCCAACAUCUGGCCUCAGGAGGGUCCCACAGGGAAGCCACACACCCCUUCAGAGAGCCCGGCCCAGUGCCCCACCCUCCCAGCCUGCCCCGGCCAGUCUCCAGGCCGGUUAGGCCUCCAUGCCAUCCACUGCCUCCAGGCCUGGAGGAACCAAUUUUAGUUUCCUGUGACUGAGAGGUUGUAAAUUGGACUAAUUUUGGAUGUGAUAGGAAACCAAAAUGAGGUCACCAAGGAGGGGGAGGAGGCAGCUGCCAAUAUGCCGCCCUCCCUCUGCCUUGACCUGCCCCCAGGAAGCUGUGGGCCUACCUGGCCGGCCAGGCCUGGGCCUGCCCCUGGAGGUAGCCCGUAUUUCAGGCCUGAGUCAGGCAAGGCUGCCACCCCUCCAAGACCCCAGCUAAAGCCACGUUUUGCUUUCUUCUCUCUUUCUUUCGCUCUCUCUUUACUAUACUCUUUCUCUCCCUCUUUCACUCUCUCUUCUUCUUUCUCUCAGCCCACAGGGGUAGCCUAACUGUUGUCUUUUGGUUCCCAGGGUAGGCUCAGAGGGUGAGCAAAGCUGAGAUCUGGUUGCGGUGGUGAAGGUGGCUCCCAAGGGCUCUGGGGCCUCCUCCCUUGGGCAGCCCAGGGGAUACUUGGCUGCCCCAUGGCCCUAGACCAGAGGUCAGCAAACUUACUCAGUAAAAGGCCACUUGGGAAAUAUUUAGGCUUUGUAAGCCAUAUAGUCUUGCACAAUGACUCAACCCUGCCAUUGUGGAAUGAAAGCAGCCAGAGACACUAUGUAAACUAAUGCCAAUGGCUUGGUUCCAAUAAAACUUUAUUUACAGAGAUAAGCAGCAGGCCAGAUGUGGCCCACAGGCAGUGGCUUCCCAACCCCUCCCCAAGACCACUGGAUUGAGAGGUGGAGGGAAGGGACAGAGGAGGAGAAGAUUGGAACCCCUGAAGUUCCAAGAUGAGAAAUGAUUCACCCAAAGCUGCUCAUUCAGCCCAGUCUCUGGCUCUGCUCUGGUGCCUGGGGGCAGCCUGGCUCUAGCCCUGCCUGUGGGAUAUGGUGAAAUCUCCAGCCAGCGCAUGAAGCAGACAGAUUCUCCAGGGGUGGCCAGGGACUUCUGACUCCAACCACUGGCAUGGGGAGCUUUUACCAAUACAGCAUUUUCAACACAGCCCAACCUCAUUAGAUCCUCAUGGCAAUUCUGUGACAGAGGAAGCUUGGGGAUUAUUUUAUUACUCCCAUUUCGUAGAUGAAGAAACUGAGGCCCAGAGAGGUGGAGUCACUUUUCCAGAGUCCCAUAUUUAGUAAGUGGCAGAGGUGGGGUUUGAACCCAGUUCUCUCUGAGGCUAUACUGCAUCUGACCAGACAUGUCCUAGUUCCUCUCUGUCCUUGCCCCACUUCCCAGUGCAUUUCAGAGAUGCUGAUGGGCCUGUGGGAGAGCAUCCCCUUGCAGAUACAUCAAAGACAGUCACCCUGUUCUCUGUUAGAACUGCGGUGAAGUGUUGGAUGAGGGGAUACUGGGUUCCACCCUGUCUGCACUCUUUCUUGGUCCAGUCCUCUGACUGGGAGAUAUUUCCAAGGUCCCAGGAGAGGAUGCUGGACCUCGGAAACAAGGAACCCUGGAAAGAGGGCAAAGAUCCACACCAGAGCCUGAAUCCUAAGGCUGCGCUGGCCACAGGGUAGAGGUCUGCCGCUUCCUUGCCUCUGUGGACAAAGUAUAAGAACUAAUGGCUUCCCCGGCCUCCCCAGGAUUACUAGGCCAGCUCUGCACUGGCCUGGAUUUCUUCCUGUCUCCAAAGGAUGGCAGUACUUAGAACACAGAGGCAGACUUUCCUGGUGUCCCCCAGCGAGAUAGCGGGAGGGGCCACAGCAGCUCUCUCCACCCCUCCCACUCCAACAUGACAGGCAGCCGCAGGGCCCAGGGGACCUGCCUUCACCACGCAGCCUCGGCAGCACUCGCAGCCCACUCAGACCAGCAGGGAGGUCGGCCUAGCCAGGAGGUAUUCUGGCACUAGCUGAGCCAGGGCCAGAAGGUGGGUGGGCAGAGCCGACCUGGGGCCUCAGGGUGGGUGCGAGGGCUUUGCAGCCUCCUGAGCGAGGCAGUGGCGGCGACGGCGGUGGCGACAGCUCCGAUGGAGGCCUGGCGAGGUCCGGCAGCACGCACCCUGCACUGGGGCCUCCUAGUCCUGGCCCUCGGCUUCUUUCUCUUCCACUGUGAUCCCUUCAUCUGCUUCUCCUUUCUCUCCUCUCCUCCACCUGCCCCAAGUUUCGAGGACUCCACCCUGUCCACGGCCACUACCCUUGAGUCUAUCCCCAGCUCCACGGGAGAGCCGAAAUGCCAGCGACCCCGCACCCUGAUGCGGCAGCAGAGCCUGCAACAGCCGCUGAGCCAGCACCAGCGGGGCCGGCAGCCCAGCCAGCCCACCACCAGCCAGAGCCUGGGCCAGCUACAGGCCCACAUGGCCUCGGCGCCAGGCCCCAACCCCCGGGCCUAUGGCCGGGGCCAGGCUCGGCAGGGCACCUCGGCCGGCUCCAAGUACCGGGCGGCGGGGGGCCGCAGCCGCUCCAACCCGGGCAGCUGGGACCACGUGGUGGGGCAGAUUCGAAACCGAGGCUUGGACAUGAAAUCCUUCCUGUUGCCUGCAGGAGGGAAGGCGGUGAACACAGCCCCGGUGCCAGGCCAGACACCCCACGAUGAGUCCGACCGCCGGACCGAGACACGCUCCUCUGUCUCAGACCUUGUCAACUCCCUCACCAGCGAGAUGCUCAUGCUCUCCCCAGGCUCCGAGGAGGAUGAGGCCCACGAGGGUUGCAGCCGAGAGAACCUGGGCCGGAUCCAGUUCAGCGUCGGCUACAACUUCCAGGAGUCCACGCUCACCGUGAAGAUCAUGAAGGCCCAGGAGCUGCCGGCCAAGGACUUCAGCGGCACCAGCGACCCCUUCGUCAAGAUCUACCUGCUGCCCGACAAGAAGCACAAGCUGGAGACCAAGGUGAAGCGGAAGAACCUGAACCCCCACUGGAACGAGACCUUCCUCUUUGAAGGUUUUCCCUAUGAGAAGGUGGUGCAGAGGGUCCUCUACCUCCAAGUCCUGGACUAUGACCGCUUCAGCCGCAACGACCCCAUCGGGGAGGUGUCCAUCCCCCUUAACAAGGUGGACCUGACCCAGAUGCAGACCUUCUGGAAGGAUCUGAAGCCAUGCAGCGAUGGGAGUGGGAGCCGAGGGGAGCUGCUCUUGUCUCUCUGCUACAACCCCUCUGCCAACUCCAUCAUCGUGAACAUCAUCAAAGCCCGGAACCUCAAAGCCAUGGACAUCGGGGGCACAUCAGACCCCUACGUGAAGGUGUGGCUGAUGUACAAAGAUAAGCGGGUGGAGAAGAAGAAGACGGUGACGAUGAAGAGGAACCUGAACCCCAUCUUCAAUGAGUCCUUCGCCUUCGAUAUCCCCACGGAGAAGCUGAGGGAGACGACCAUCAUCAUCACCGUCAUGGACAAGGACAAGCUCAGCCGCAAUGAUGUCAUUGGCAAGGUAGGGGCUAGGCAGGUGGUGUGGUGCACCUGCUGGCGCCAGUGAGGCUCCAUUCCUUAAAAGAAGCAGGGAGGGUAGUGGACGGGCACAGGCUGGACACCAGGAGAGAUUGGGAUCAGUCUCCUCUCCUCUCAGGCCUCUGUUUCUUCAUCUGAAAAUAAGGGGAUGAGAUGACCCCCUCCCUAGGGUUCCUCUCUCAGUGUCCUCCUAUGGGUAGGUCAGCUCAGGACAGACCACCAGCUGGGCAGGGAAAGAAGGAGUGCAAGAGAGGAAUAGCCUGGAUCUCAAAAGGAAGGUUUACUGGACAGGAUGAUGACGUUGGAGCAGUAUUGCCCGGGGUCCCGUCUGCACAGGGUGAGCUGCACGGGGCAGCGUUGGGAGCUGCAGUCAGACUCCAAAGACCUCGUUUCAGUUCCCACUCCAUCUGCCGAUAAACAACCAUAUAACCUUGGGCAAGUGGCUUGGCCUCGCCAAGCUUUAGCGUUCUCAUCUGUAAAAUGGAGCAACUGACAUUGUCCCUGUAGAACUUUACAGGGUGGUGUAAGAAUUGCUUGAGGUAUGUGGAUGUUCUUGUAGAAAUUUGGCCGGACACAGUGGCUCACGCCUGUAAUCCCAGCACUUUGGGAGGCCAAGGCGGGUGGAUCACCUGUGGUGGGGAGUUUGAGACCAGCCUGGCCAACAUGGUGAAACCCCGUCUCUACUAAAAAUAGAAAAAUUAGGCCGGGCGCAGUGGCUCACGCCUGUAAUCCCAGCACUUUGGGAGGCCAAGGCAGGCGGAUCACGAGGUCAGGAGAUCGAGACCAUCCUGGCUAACACGGUGAAACCCCAUCUCUACUACAAAUACAAAAAAUUAGCCGGGCAUGGUGGUGGGCGCCUGUAGUCCCAGCUACUCGGGAGGCUGAGGCAGGAGAAUGGCGUGACCCUGGGAGGCAGAGCUUGCUGUGAGCCGAGAUAGCACCACUGCACUCCAGCCUGGGCGAAAGAGCAAGACUCUGUCUCAAAAAAAAAAAAAAAAAAAAAAAAUAGAAAAAUUAGCCAGGCAUGGUGGCGGGUGCCUGUAAUCCCAGCUACUCAGGAGGCUGUGACAGGAGAAUCCCUUGUACCCGGGAGGCAGAGGUUGUAGUGAGCCAAGAUUGCAAGACUGCACUCCAGCCUGGGCAACAGAGCGAAACUCUGCCUGAAAAAAAAAAAAAAGUGAUCUCUUCAUAUCACGUAACCAAAAAAUUCAUACCUGACCUUGAGUUUUCCCAGGACAGGAUUCUGUGACAUAAACCCUUCCGUGUUUCUACCUUAAAAUGUCUAUUCCUGUGUUUAUUUAUGGUUUAGUGUUGAGAGCAUGGGCUCGGGAGUCAGAUUGCCUGGGUCCAAAUCCUAGCCUUAUUUUUUAACACUGUAACCUCUCUGAGCCUCAUUUUCUCCUCUCAAAAUGAGAGUAGGAUGGUCCUACCCUCACAAUGCGCUGGGAAGAUUAAGUAAGAUCACACAGGUGAGCUGUUUAGCAUAGGACUUGAAUACAUGUUAGCUAGUAUGAUAAUAAAGGGGCAUGUAUAUCCAUUCAGGCAGGACAGUUUGACCAGGAGUAUGUGAGGAACCGGUGCUCAGGGCAGUCAUGGAGGAAGGGGAGAUGCCAGGAGUGAGAGAGGGGCACAUACCUGGGCAUUACCCUGUAUGGGGGAAAGGAAAAGGGGGACUGGAUACCCACAGGGAAGGGAGCUGAGUUGAAGGCAACCCUCAGACAGAUGGGAAUGGAGAACACACCGGCUGGGGUGAGGGAAGCAGCCUGGCCUAAAAGAGGAGAGCUAGCCCUGCUUGCCAUCAGGUAUGGCAUGGGGGGUAUGACUGGCCAAUCUGUGGUCACAGGUGAGACAGCUCCCCAGGACAUCGCCACUCAUACUCCAGAGAGAGUAUGCGCCCCUGCCUUGCCAGGGCUUGGGUCCUGCCGAGUGCCCCCUUGACCGGCUCAGCCCAAAAGCCAAGUGACCAUAUCUACUUUGAUGUUCUUUUGAAGCUUAGCCUUUUGGCGUUAGGUGUUCUUAGAUACCAAUUAGAGCUCCUUUU